CCUCAGCCCGGCGGAGCGCGGUUGCGGGGAGCCGAGCGAGACGCCGUCGCCUUGGAUACCUUCUUUUUGCUGGCCUCAGUUGUGGUUGACUCCAGAACGUAAUUCCACUCAACCCUUUACCUUUUCCACUUCAGACUGGGUGGAAAAAGAGAUGCUGCCUGCUGCCCAUGGCUUUCAGGAGUGUGAAUGCAAGAAGACAUGUUGGACUUCAGCAGCUCUCAUCCUUAGCCUUAAGUGGAAGAACAUUGUUGGGACCAAUGAAAUCGUGUAAAUUCAUUGUGGAUGAAAGCACCAACCAAAGCACAUUGAUUUGUUCUGUUGUUAGACUAAUUGAAAGUUUGGAUUUAACUAGUGCUGCCGGACAGCUUCUUAAUGAAACCAUUCAGGCACAAAACAAGGAGUUUAAGACUGGAAUGAGUACCCUGUUGUUUCUCGUCGGUGCAUGGAGCAAUGCCGUAUUGGAGUGCCUCCAGCAGAAUAUUCCUGUUUCAGCAGUUGUAUCUGUCAUGUCUGAGGGGUUGAACUCUUGCUGUGAGAGAGUCCAGUGUCUUCAAAUAUCAAUACAUGAUGUAAAUAAAGAGCUAUGUUCUAGCAGUGUUAGGCCAAACGCUUUUAAAAGCAAAACUUGCCAAAUUGAAUGUGACAGUCUUCUAAAUCCUCAGAUUUUCCAGUAUUUUCAGAAAGAUAUUUCUGCACUAGAAAAAGUAAUGCCAAUAAAUUCUUCUUCCCAUCAAGAAAGUGAUUGUAACUUUAACAAGCACCUGCUUUCACCUUUGGCUGCUAUUGGUUCAAUAGCUUCUUUUGUCAAACCAGCAGGUGGCAAAAGUAUGUCUGUAGUUUCUGGAAAAGAUGUUAUCACAUCCAGCUGUAACAAACAGAAGUUAACCCAUAGCAGGUACUUCAGCACCCUAAGAAAAACCCAGUUUUCAAGUCAGCAAGGUGAUUUUCAGGGAGACCUUUCAGGACUGUCAGCAGAUCCAUGUAAAUGUUAUGGUUUAGGACACCUGGCAAUGGCUCUGAGCCAUGGAAAUCAGACUAGUGUGGAACUGCUGCAAAGCACUGUUGCAUAUCAACAAGAGAAAGCAGAAUGCAGUGGCUCUUCCCAGUUUAAUAUUGGAGAAAUUGUGACAUGCUGUUUACCGGGCCUGCCUGAAAGCUACUCUUGUGUCUCCUCAGGCUUUGUCACACUGGUAUCACCAGAACAAGCCACAGUUAUCAAGUACUUGGAAGACAAAUCCCUUCGGACCAUGCUAGUGGAUGGUGACCUAACUGAACAAUAUCGUCACUUGGGUUUUAAUAGGCCAUGUAAUGUAAGAACCGUAUUGGAGCAUCCCAGCCUACAGGAAGGUGGAACAGGAGACUUGUGGCUAAGCAGUGUGUUAGAUGUCCUGAUAAGCUUUGAAGUAAACUUGGUUUUGGUCAAAGGAAAUGUGUGUGAAAACUUAAUGGCAAGAUGCAUAGCAAACAGUAUCUUGGUAAUUAGUUCUGUGACUCGGAAUGUGUUGUGUGCCUUUAGGGAGGUCACCAGCGCCCAGCCAGUGACAUACCUCACCCAGCUGAAUGCUGCUUGUGUGGGGAGUGGGGCCCAAGUGGAGCUGUGGAAGGCCUGUGAUGAGCGUGCAGUGGAUCUGGGUGAGCUUGUGCCGAUCAGGAUAAAAGUGCGAGGAAUUCCCCUGCUCACAGCUGUGCUUACCACUACUGUGCCUUCGAAGAUGCAGCUCAUUGAAGACCAGUUCUGGACUUUAAUAUAUCGACUCCAUCAUGCUUUAAAUGACAAGAAGGUUUUUCUCGGGGGUGGUGCAGUGGAACUCUUGUGCCUUAGUCACAUUCAGAUGCUUGCAGAACAGCCAGCAAAUCAAAAUGCCAUGAAAGAGUUUCACAGUCCCCAUCUGGCAGCAUGUUCAACAGAGUACACAUCAGUUGUGCUCCAAGCCUUAGCGAGUGGCUGGAAGCAGUAUCUUUCAGUGGUUAUGUGUAACGCUGCAGCAGCUGCCUCAGAGUUGGAAGCGGGUACUACAGUUGAUCGUCACCUCAAAAAAGCAGCUGACUCUGGCUCUCCCUCAGCAUAUAUAUUGAAAGAGUUUAGAAAAGGUGAUCUGCUCAGGGGUGGUUCUGGUCCCCUCGCUGACCACAGAGGGAGUUUCAAGGUUUAUGAUAACGUUACAGCCAAGACAGAGGCGUGGCGGAGAGCUCUAGACUUGGUGUUACUAGUGCUUCAAACAGAUGCUGAAAUUAUCACAGGUCCCAAAAGGAAUCAGCUAUUGAACUCACAUGUGUCAAGUGAAUUUAUGUUUUUAUAGGACUUCCAUUACUUGUGAGUCAGUGAAAGUAGUCCAGUCUCAACCCACUUUCUUCAGUUUAUGAAGCAAACAUU